AUGUGUUUUCAACUUGUGAACAUGGAAACCUAUCCCACAUUUUCGAUUGUUAUCAAACAACUGUGCGCAUUUGUGAUCCGUUCUCAAACACAAGCAGUUAUGACAGCUACGCCAUUGAAUAUUGAUGAGGGUACCUUCUCGAUAUCUAACUGCCCAAUUGUUAGCAUGGUGCAGAGCUACAUCCAUAUGCAGCCUGAAGUAGAGUAUGUUUUGUCUUCAGUCGUGGAAGAGAAAGCUCGUAGACACCUUUCGUAUAAAAUUCACAGGGCAAAAUCCUUGUCAGAAAAGUUAGCUGGGCGUAAUCGGUUUUCUCGUUGUCAAACAAGAAAGAUAAGAAUCAAAGAAUACUUUAGCAAGUUAAAAGGACGGAGAAAUGAUCAAAAAGAAUAA